AUGUCAUUGACUGAAUUUCAACGAUUAGAGGAGUGCCUGAAUCGUAUUGAAGCCCAGGAAGAUGCAUACUGGAGGCAGAGGGCCAAGCAGCAUUGGCUUAAGGACGCGGAUGCAAACACGAAAUUUUAUCACAGAUAUGCAUCUCAUCGCAAGAAAAAGAAUACUAUUGUUAAAAUUAUGAAUGAUAGUCGGGAUUGGGUUGAGGGAGAGGCCAUGAGGAAUAUUAUCUUGAACUAUUACCGGAAUAUCUUCAGCUCCGGUUCUCCUAAUGAUAAUGGGGAGUUCUUUGGAAAUAUAGGCUCUCGAGUAACACAGGUACAGAAUGAGACGCUCUUGCGACCCUUUGAUGUUACUGAGGUAAAGAAUGCUCUAUUUUCUAUGUUUCCUGACAGCACCAGGACCGGAUGGAAUGAAUCCGGCCUAAAUGAUACGAACAUAAUCCUGAUCCCCAAGAAGAAAACCCCUGAAUUGGUCUCAGACUAUAGACCGAUAGCGUUAAGCAAUAUGAUCUACAGGAUUAUGGCUAAGGUCAUAGCUGCCAGAAUGAAGCCACUGAUGGGGGAUAUUAUAUCUGACACCCAGAGCGCUUUUAUAUUUGACAUAUUAAUAACAGAUAAUAUUUUGAUUGCUGCCGAAGUUGAUGACAGUUUACUCUUCUUUAGAGCAAGUGCCCAGGAGGCUGGAGUGGUUAAACAGUGUUUAUCAGUGUAUGAGGAAAUGUCUGGGCAAGCAGUGAAUUACUAUAAAUCAAGUAUUUGCUAUAGUAAGAACACACGAGAUGAGGACAGGGAGGAGGUUGCCAGUAUCUUGGGAGUUGUGCAGGCUCCAAAUUUUGGGAAGUAUCUAGGGCUUCCAUCAUUUGUGGGCAGGAAUAGGAAAGCAGCUUUCUCAUAUAUUGAGGACAAAAUUAAACAAAGAAUUGGGUCAUGGAAUAAGAAAUUGCUAUCACAAGCAGCUAUUGAGAGAACUAUGAACCGUUACUGGUGGAGAUCUAAAGAUGACCAGGGCAUCCACUGGAAAGCGUGGGAUAAGUUGUGUAUCCCUAAGAAGUAUGGGGGUUUGGGCUUUAAGGAAUUGUGUGCCUUUAAUUUAGCCAUGUUGGGGAAACAGGCCUGGCGUUUACUAACGAAACCUGAGUCGUUGGUGUCAAGAAUAUUUAAAUCCAGGUAUUAUCCUAAAGGGUCGUUCUUUCAUGCUUGUUUAGGGAAUAACCCAAGUUUCUGUUGGCGUAGUAUCAUGGCUGCACAGGAACUAAUUUGUGGAGGAGUUAGGCGCAGGAUUGGGAAUGGAAGGGCAACCCUGAUAUGGGAUCAUCCAUGGCUUCGGGAUGAGAAUAAUGCGAAAAUAAUUACUGAAAAACCACCACAGUUGGCGCAGACAACAGUUAUGGGCUUAAUGGAUCAGGAAACGGGAUCAUGGGAUCAUGGCAUUUUAACUGAUAUUUUUAUUCCAGCGGAUGUGACACAAAUAUUGAAAAUACUUGUGUCACCGGAUUAUGAGGAUGUGUGGUAUUGGUAUGAAGACAUAACAGUAUGA